AGAGUCUUCAGCUCCUCGACCGCCUGGUUUGACGGCAGAACUGAUCCCACCCUGACUGCCGUUUGCAGAGCUUGGAAUCUGCGCCUUUUUUUAUAUAACUGGAUGAUGUGCCAACUGCACUGUCGUGUAAUAGGAGGUUAUUUGUUGUGAUGCUCGCAGCGGCUGUUGAAGACCAGCGCAAACACAGGGGCGACCAGAGGCUUCGACUUGAUUUUCCGUUGAAGCAAAUAUUUUUAUGAGAUUCCGGCUUGGGAAUUGAAAGGCUGCCGACGUCGGGUUUCCAUGCUGCAGUGAGGUAGACUGGUGAACUAACAACCGGACCAGCAAGAGAACAUCCCUUUGGAGAUUAAUGCCAUCCAAUUUGGUCCAGAGCUGAGAAUGUGGUUCCAGUUCAGUCAUUUUUUUGCAUUGUCAUUCAUUUUCUGCUUGGCGGAAGACAGCAGGGAGUAUGGCCCAGUGUUUGAAGAACAACCACUGCCUACCAUCUACCCAGAAGAAUCCGAAGAAGCAAAAGUAUCACUAAACUGCCGAGCUCGUGCAAUUCCUUCCCCAGCCUACAGAUGGAAGAUAAACAACCGCUUCAUUAAUGUGGAAGAUAGCCGCUACAGUAUGAUUGGAGGCAACCUUGUAAUCAACAACCCGGAAAAGGUGAAGGACCGUGGCAAAUACCAGUGCGAAGCCUCAAACAAAUAUGGAACCAUCAUUAGCAAAGAGGCCGAGCUGCAGUUUGGAUAUCUCGAGAGGUUCCCGACUGACGAGCGGCAAGCAGUGAAGGCAAGGGAAGGAGUUGGAGCAGUGCUUUUGUGUGCUGCCCCUCCACAUUUUCCAGAUGACUUGACGUAUCGCUGGCUGCUGAACAUAUUCCCCACGUUCAUCGAGUCCGACAAGCGGCGCUUCGUUUCCCAGAACACCGGCAAUCUCUACAUUGCGAAAGUGGAAGAUACCGACCUGGCCAAUUACUCCUGCAUGGUCAGCAGCCCCUCCAUCUCCAAGAGUGUUAUCAGCAAGUACAUCCCGCUCGUCCCUCAAAGAGGCGGCGUGAUAAAAAGAUAUCCUGCUGACAUUCGGGUGAAGUUCACGGACACCCAAGUCUUGAUGGGCCAGAACCUAACUCUUGAAUGUUUUGCACUUGGCAACCCAAUUCCUAAAAUCCAGUGGCGGAAGGUGGGGGGCAGCUUGCCCAGCAGCGCUGAGCAGUCCGACUCAAACUCGGUCCUGAAACUGUCAAACAUUCAGCCUGAGGACGAGGGGGCCUACGAGUGCGAAGCCAGCAACUCCAAAGGAAUUGACAAGGUUGAAGGCUGGCUGACUGUGCACGCCCAUCCGCACUGGAUCCGUCCGCUCAAUGACACCAUCGAAGAUGUUGAGGAUACCCUGAUCUGGCCCUGUGAAGCCAGAGGAAAGCCCCAGCCCACCUACAGAUGGUUCCGAAACGGAGUGGUCAUAUUCGGGGGCCGAUUCCGAAUAAACAGAGGGGAGCUACGGAUUAACCGACUGACCCUGGAUGACUCUGGAAUGUAUCAGUGUGUUGUGGAGAACAAGCACGGAUCCCUGUUCUCCAAUGCUGAACUCAAGGUUUUGGCUUUGGCACCUGACUUCAGGCUGAACCCAGUGAAGAAAAAGCUUCUGGGAGCCAGAGGAGGAAAAGCUGUCAUUGAGUGCAAACCAAAGGCUGCACCAAAACCAACAUUCAUUUGGAGCAAAGGCACGGAACUCCUCCGGAACAACUCAAGGAUAUCCAUUUUGCACAAUGGCACACUGGAGAUUCAAGAUGUGUCCAGGGUCGACGAGGGAAGCUAUACCUGCUUUGCGGAGAACAACAGAGGAAAGGCCAACAGCACGGGCACUCUCUCAAUCACAGAGCCCACCAAAAUGACCCUAGAACCAUCGAACAUCGACAUCACCAUGGGGGAGAACGGCACCAUGGAGUGCCAGGCGGUGUAUGACCCCACUCUCGAUCUCACUUUCAUCUGGUCAACAAAUGGCUACCCGAUCGACUUUGACAAAGAGAAAGACUACAUGGAAUACAGAGUACUGGAAGGAGGUGGUGGAGAACUAUUCUUCAAGAAUGCACUGUUGAGGCACACUGGGAGGUACACCUGCACGGCACAGACCAACGUCGACAGCACCUCAGCCUCAGCGGACCUGAUCGUCAGAGGUCCACCCGGGCCCCCUGGAGGAGUGAGAAUCGAAGAUAUCCGAGACACCUACGUGACUUUGACCUGGAGUCGAGGGACAGAUAACCAUAGCCCAAUCUCCAGGUACACUGUCCAACAGAAGAUUUUGGAUUCUAUCGAUUGGAAAGAUGCCAAAACAGAUCCCUACGAUAUAGAAGGGAACAUGGAAACUGUAAAGGUUGUGGAUUUAAUCCCAUGGAUGGAUUAUGAAUUCCGCGUGAUUGCGACAAACACCCUGGGAAUGGGAGAACCCAGUAUGCCAUCACCCAAACUCAAGACAGCUGAAGCAGCUCCCACCGUGGCUCCAUCUGACGUUGGAGGAGGCGGCGGACACCACCGGGAACUGACGAUAACGUGGACGCCCUUGUCAAGAGAGUACCAUUUUGGAAGCAGCUUUGGCUACUUGGUUGCAUUCAAGCGAAGUGGAGAAAGAGAGUGGAGGAAGGUGACGGUUCCCAAUCCUGAAGGCGACAGAUACGUUCAUAAGGAUGACUCCAUGAUGCCGCACACCCAGUUCGAAGUCAAGGUCAAAGCUUUCAACAGCAAAGGAAAUGGCCCCUUCAGCCUGUCUGCUUUUAUUUAUUCGUCGGAGAACGAGCCCAACGAAGCCCCUGCAGAACUGAGUGCCUGGAGUGUCUCAUCCUCAGAAAUCGAAAUGUCCUGGGCACCUGUGACCCAGCGAUCCAUCGAAGGCUAUGAAAUCAGAUACCGAAGGGUCAUUGACCCUGAGGCGGCCAUACAACGAGUAUGGACGUUCGGAUAUAACACGACCGCCCGAAUCAGAGACUUAAAGCCCCAAACACGCUAUUCGCUGGAGGUCAGGGCCUAUAACAAUGCUGGAGCUGGCCCUGCCAAUCAACCAAUUAUACUCACAACAAAGAAAGCACCUCCCAGCAAGCCUCCAAGAAUAAUCGACACUACAAGGUAUGGGACAUAUGUCAAGAUUUCCUGGGAGGCAGUCGAGCCCUUGCACAACGAGUCAAAUGUUGAAGGCUACAAGGUUCUGUACAGAAGAGACGGCACAGCAAACAAUACACUCCUGCAAACCAUCGGACACAAUAUAAACAUACCCAUUCUCGACGAGGGGGAUUACAUUGUGGAAGUAAGAGCCUACGGUGACGGAGGAGACGGAGCCAUGGGUUCAAUCAUGAUUUCCAAAAGCAAUUUGCCCCUGGACUCCCUAACAAAUGAACCGUCUAUUUUGUGCUACCUGCCUUUCGGCUUCCCACUGGGCCUUUCAGAUCCAGGAGUCACUGUGAAGAUCUCCUACAUCUUACUUAGCUUUGGCCUGAUCCUUGGUGUCAUCAAUUGCCUGGAGCUGUGAUUGUAGCCAAUAUUACCUUCUUUGUAUAUCGGUAAAGAGCUCUCCGUGAGGUGACUGAAUCGUCUCAAGCCUGUAAAGAUCGUUGCUCGCUGCAGACAUCUCUGGUACCAUCAAAAGCCAAAUAUAACAUGAAUUUGAAAGACUUAUUGUAUACUUCUCAUGGACAGAAGGCAUCAAGGAACUUUAUUCCCAUCCACCACCCACCUUGCCCACCCGCCCCCAUUAAAUACCAAGUAAACAUAACAUUGGAAGUGAAUCAAAGGAAUUCUUUUGACUUGUUCCAAUCUGCCUUAUAUAAACACUUACACUGAUCUAUGGCAGUUGCAUGAUUUGAUCUAAUGGCGCGGCUACCAGUGACAAAAUACCAUAGCUUAGAGUUUGAGGAAAAUAAUAGAAUUCACCACACAUAGGUGCUUUAACAUUUAACAAAAAAACAGUUAAGUGAACUAGACAAUGAAUGCAUUGGUUGUUUUAAAAAAAUGAAUGGAAGGUUAACCUUGUCAUGUACUGUGUCUGUAUGCAGCACUAUUCCUUAGAGUUGAAGGCAGCCAAUCUCCCUUGAAUGAGAACCUUCUAUUUAGAGUAGCGGUCAUAACACAUACAAUAGAUUGCAGAUUUAUGGUUAUCAGGCCACAUUUUCCUUUAGAGAAGUGCACACUCUGGGUGUUUGAAAUCUGCUGCAUCUUUUAGUUGCCGUGAUGUGCAUGCUGGCAUUGAGACAUCCUACAAUCUUGUUCUAAGUAGGAUGACAGUAGUUUCAUACUCAAAGCCAGACCCUGUAAUCAGCAAAUAGAUUUUUUACAUUUAUACUCCAUUAUCAAUUUGUUUAAGUUGUAUGUAGAUUUAUACUGAAAAAGCAACAUUCCAAUAUAAAUCUUAAAAUGUUAAUGUAUAUUCUUUGUUAACCACCCUUCUUGGAAAAUUAGAUGAGAUUCAACAGUGUUUAUAAAAUUCUGCAAGGCAUCCUUAUAUUCUUUGGCCAACACUGUUAAUUGGUUGAUUACACUCAGCGGGUCUGGCAGAAUCAGUGGAAAGGGAAACCAAAGGUCUCUGUCCUGAAACAUUAACUAUUUUUCUCUCUCUGUAGGUGCUCCCUGACGUGUUGAGUGUUUCCAGUAUUUUCUGUUUUACAUUUAUUUCAAAUGUCCAGCAUCUGCAGUGUAUUCUCCUUAAUUGCCAACAGUUUGUCCUCGUCCUUUUUCAUUAACUUGGCAGCCUCCUCAUUCUGUAGCUUUGCCCAGUUCCCAAACAGUUCCUGAGGAAUUGCUUCCACGCUCCCAAAGAAUGGCCUUCAUCACACAGGUUGACAUUACCUUCAUUCUAG